CACGACGGUAUGUCGAUGUCUUGGCCGAUCUGGUGUAUGGUUACAAUCAUACCUAUCAUCGCAGUAUCCGGCGAGCUCCUGCUCAAGUCAAUGCCAAGAAUGUCUUGACCGUAUGGAAAACCUUGUAUGGAAAACAGAGUGCCGAUACCACGAGUCGCUUGCAAGUGGGGGAUCGUGUACGCAUUAGUAAAGCCAAACGUACGUUUGAAAAAGGAUAUUUACCGAAUUGGACCAAAGAACUGUUUACCAUCUCUAGAAAAGUGCCAGGACGAAACGUCUAUCGCAUUCAAGAUGAUCACGGGGAAGAAUUAGAAGGAACCUUUUACGAGAAGGAAUUACAACAAGUGAUUAAAGACGAUGAUGUCUAUGAAGUGGAAGAAAUCUUAGGGUAUAAAAAGCGGCGUGUGGGAAAAAAAGUCAUUUCAGAAGUCAAAGUGCGUUGGAAAGGAUAUCCUCCCAGUUUUGAUUCAUGGAUUCCGCAAGCGGAUCUCAUUCUGCCAUGACCACCCAGUGGACUUUCUUGGGUGAAAAAGUCCCCCGGAGUGAAAUUGUGUAUUUUGCACAAUUAUUCCUCUGUUUAACCAUCAUUAUCACCUCGGUAGUCAUGUUAGCCAUACGCGAUCCCAAUCGCGAUUUUUGGAUGGUGACCUUAAGUUCUUUGGUGGGCUACGUCAUGCCUAGUCCUCAAAUGAAUGCACCUCCUAUAAAACAGGAGUCCCCUUCACCUGAGAGAUCAGUUCACCAUGGCUAAGCCACAGUACGCCUGGAAACAAGAGGGGAAGAAAAGUACCUGGUUCUGGGAUAAGCAGAUGUGUUUGAUGCAUUGUAAACAACACAAAACGUCCACGCAUCCUGUGUACUUGUACAAACGGAUCGUGAUUCCUGAUGGUUGGGUGCCAUUUAUCAGAAAGACUAAAUAUCAAGAUCUGUACAAAGGCUUGGGAAAAUUAGGCCAGGACUGGGCUCCGGACAUUACCCUGGAAGAGUAUAAAAACGGUUACACCCUCUGGUGUGUGGAUUUCACGAAAGAUCAAGAAGCCCAGACGGAUAAAUUUCAUCUCAUACAGACUGGGAACUUGAGAGUGGAAGUGCAAUUUGCCGCCAACGUGGCCAGGACCUUAAACUGUGUGGUGUAUGCCGUGUUCGACAAUCUGCUAGAAAUCAACAAACAACGAGAAGUCAGCAUCGAUUACUAAGAGAGAGAUGGAUACUCAGCAAUUGAGAGAUGUUUUACAACGAGAUUUAGGACCGGCGUUUGCAGGUGUGUAUCCUCGAGAUGUCAUACCUGAGCUGUUACCUCAUCACAAAGCCAUCGUGGUGAAUACAGACCCUCACGAUCGCCCUGGAGCGCAUUGGGUCUGUUUGUAUUUGAGUAGCCCUACCGUCGAAUAUUUUGAUUCUUACGGAUUACCUCCCAGCCAUAAAGACAUCCAAGACUUUA